CCGAAGCAGUAUUCAACAAUGGCUGUCCUCUUCUCGUUACCGAAUGAGGUCAUGUUAAAUGCACUCUGCGCUCAAUUCCCAUGCCGGGAUCAGCAGAUUCGUUCCUUAGCAACAUUGCUUUCAGUACGAGCAGCACCAUGUCGAAACCUCGUCCUGCAUGGCUUGGCGGCAACAGGCAAGAGCUCUAUCGCCAAAACUGUCCUUGAAUACCUCUCGAAGAGACAAACGAACGGUUAUGCCAAUGGCAGUACACAACACGACGAUGACGAGCUCCGUUAUGCUGUCAUCAAGUCUGCAGAAUGUAUAGGGGGUCGGCAUCUCUUCGAACAGACAAUUAGCACAGUAUCAAAAGUUAUAGGACGAUCUGAGAACGUGGGCCGUUGCGAGAACCUAGCACAAUUGGCGGUUGAGCUCAGCAAAUUGGUUGAGAAUUGGACAGCAUCAGAGCAAGAUAGCCGACAGAGAUUGGUCCUUGUAUUUGAUGGCAUAGACCGGCAACGAGAUGCACCCCCUACAUUGCUUCCAGCUCUUGCCAGACUGGUAGAGAUUGUACCAAACCUCACCACAAUAUUCAUUGUCACCUCUCCUCGACCAAACUUUCUCCACCUCCCCGGCGUGCCACAUCUCGAAUUUCCGGCCUAUACCAAACCAGAGCUCCUGCAGAUCCUCGCUUUAACAGAGCCAUCACCAGUGCUCCCACAAGGUACAAAGGAAACGAAAGAUGUCUGGACCCGAUACAGCUCUGCAAUCUGGGAUUCUCUUUCCAAACAUUCCGGCCGAGACAUACUCUCCUUCCGCUCAGUCUGUCUCCGUCUCUGGCCACGCUUCAUACGACCAAUCCUAGACGGCACCCUGAACCCAUCUCCCUUCAGCCGAUUGAUGGUAGCAAACCGAUCCCUCUUCCAAAACGACUCCAUCCUCGUCCCAGCCCUUGUCUCGAACCCUCAAUCUACGGCCCUGGUACCACAAUCACAAUCUCAAAGCAACCUCCAAGGAAUAGCAAUACAACUCCCACACAUCUCUCGCCUCCUUCUCGUCGCCUCCUACCUAGCGUCAUACAACCCACCCCGCACAGACAGCACAUUCUUCAUGAAAGCCGCUCUCGCCAAACGCCGCAAGAAGGGCGGCGGCACAGCCCUAUCCCGCAAACCAGGGACGGCCAAAAGCCGUAAAAUAGCCCGAAAACUGCUCGGUCCGCAAGCCUUCGUCUUGGAACGAAUGCUUGCCAUAUUCCUAGCCAUCGAAGAAGAUGCUGGGAAGAGAAAGGGGAAGGCAGCGUUGAAUGGAAGUGCGGAUGUGUUGAUGGCUGUUACUACUCUGGCUAGUUUGAGGUUAUUAGUCAGGAUGGGAGGACCGAACCAGGAUGUUUUGGAUGUGGGGACGAAGUAUAAGAUUGCGAUUGGGUGGGAGGUUAUCAGAGGGGUGGCGAGGAGUGUGGGGGUUGAGGUUGAAGAUUAUUUAGCUGAUUAGAAAGAAUGAACAUCUCACCAGAG